CAAGAGCAACAGACCUCACAUUUUGUCUCCUCCCUGAGAAUUUUGAGGUCAAGACCGCAACUUUGCUUGGGAAAACCCCACAACACAGCACUGGCAUCCCAAUAUUUACCUUCGGGGCUGAUCCCAAGACCCCAAAACCACCCUUUAUCCUUUCCCCCACCCCACAGAUCCAACAAUUCUCCAAAAAGGAGAUCGAGGACCUCCUUCGUAAGGGUGCCUACGCUGCCAUCAUGGAGGAGGAUGAUGAAGGCUCCAAGUUCUGCGAGGAAGACAUUGAUCAGAUCCUGCUGCGUCGCACCACCACCAUCACCAUCGAGAGCGAGGGGAAAGGCUCCACUUUUGCCAAGGCCAGUUUCGUCGCCUCGGAAAACCGCACCGACAUCGCUUUGGAUGAUCCCAAUUUUUGGCAAAAAUGGGCCAAAAAAGCUGAUUUAGACCUCGAUCUGCUCAACAGCAAGGUGGGUUGGGUGCUGGGUGGGUGCUGGGUGGGUCCAUGGGGGCAGGGUGCUGAUCUGGGUGUUAAAGAGAACCUGGAGGUGGUAGAGGGCACCUAAUGAUGCUAAGGAGCGCCUAAUGAUGCUAAUGAGCACCUAGAGAUGCUAAUGAGCACCUAGAGAUGUUAAAAUAAUGAUGCUAAGGAGCACCUAAUGAUGCUAAGGAGCACCUAAUGAUGCUAAUGAGUACCAAGAGAUGUCAAAAUAACGAUGCUGAGGAGCACCUAGAGAU